UGUAAAUACCUCAAUGUAACACCGUUUGGUGUUCUGAGUGAAUAAAGUUCUGUUCUGACACGAUCGAUCCCAUAGAGCAGUUGUAAUCUAUUUGGGGCAACAUUUCAUGGAAAAACCCAGAGUUAUAUUUAUAGACACUCAGUUGGGCAAUAUCGCCAAGGUUGAUUCAUGUCUGUUUGUGUUCUUUGUUUACUAAAUCCUAGUUACAGCGAUUGCAGCUUGCCUUCGUUUAUUAUGCAGGGGACAAUUCUUCUUCUUUGAAGUAUAUAAAUGGAUAUUUUUGAAACCAUACGAAAUUCUUCCUUGUGGCAAUUUCUAUUUGAUGACCGAAACCACGAACUUGUGUUAAAUAUUUCCUUGUAUUUGUAUGUUGUGUUUGAACUUCAAGUAAACGGCAAGAUGGAAGCAAGGAAAAAAGAAACUGAAGUCUUUAUUUUAUGAGAGAAGAAAGAAGAAUAUAGUACCAGUUAAAUGUGGAAAAUAAUUAGAAGACCUGGGAAAAUAUCUAGAGUCACUAGUGUUUUGUGUUUUGUAUGACAUAGAUUUUCAACAAGUGAACACUUGUUAAUUGUGAUAAAGUGUAUAGGCAUAUGACCCAUUUCUAGGAAAUAGUGGACGACGCGAAACAAAACAAGAAAGCAAAACAAGAUUCGUGUGCAAACAUUUUAUUAACGGAAAACAGUUUAAACACUAUACUGAUUUUAGAAAGAAGAAAAAAAAAAAACAGAAAAGAAAUGAAUGCAUUAAAAAUAGGUGAAAUGGAUCAAAUAGCAAGCGAUUUUAAAUCCGCGAGUUUGGUCACUGGCAGCCAUUACAACAACAGUUCUGCAACAGAAGCGGAACAUAUUGCGCAAAGGCAUGGAACGUUUGCUGAGUGGAAGGGGAAGAAGAGUUCCAUUCAGUUGGCGAUAGCUGGGUUCCAGUACACGGGCACCGGGGAUAAAGUGGUGUGUCCAACUUGUAAGUUAAAACUCUACAACUGGCUUGGGUCGGAGGAUGCAGUCGAGCUACACAGGUCCCGAUCUCCGGACUGCGCUUUCAUCCAAAAAUGGUUCAGUCGUCCCGGGCAACAGACUGUCAGUGACGCAAUUGCCGAAAAGAAUCACGACAAUUUGAAGCCACCGAAACAUCCGGCUUUUAGGGACUACCAAAAGAGGCUGGAGAGCUAUGUUGGUUGGCCUCUAAAACUCGAACACCAGAGUCCAUCUCGUAUGGCCGACGAGGGGUUUUUCUACGUCGGUUCUAAGGACAGAGCCAGGUGCUUCCACUGCGGUUUGACCCUGGUAGACUGGGAAGAUGAUGAUGUACCGCUUGAAGUCCAUGUCACCUACUCGCGGGAAUGUGAGUUUGCCCAGGAUAGGACGAAGAUGGUGCAGGGAUCGCUGGAGAAAUCGAACACGUCAUCGACAACAUCGUGCACAGAGACAAAUUCGCAAAGCCAUGUUGAAAAAGGACUGUGUAAUGGAAGCGAUUCUCAGAGCUCCUCUGUCCAAGGCGCCGCUGGCGCAGUCGGUGGAGCAUCUGGCGUUUCUGGUGAGAAGUCUGGUAACCAUGGUGACGUUUCCAAGACGACCCGAUACAGUCCGAUGGUGCAAGCAGUUAUGGAGUUCGGCUAUAGCAUAGAUGAGAUCGAGAGAGUGGUUCGGGAGGAGAAACGGAGAUCAGGCAAGGAUUUCCCAGACGCACCGGCCUUGUUUCGCGCGCUCUCUGACGAACCAGGUGUAUGACAUUUGGAACAGUUUCGACCCCGGAAAUUAAGAAAAUGGCCACGGCAAAAUAAUAUGCAGUGGCUAAAAUAGAUUCCAUGUCAUUCUUUCUUUUUUAACAGUGGUGUCGCGGUUAAAGUUACAGAAAAGUCGAGGUUCAUGGCAUAAUAAAUGCUGUUGAAAAAAGGUAAACUCCGCGGUAAUCUUCAUGGCAUUGUUGAUUGCCGUGGUUAAUUACCAGGGCUGCAAACAACAUUUUUGAAAACAGACUAAGGGAUAUCGUUGUAAGUGUGUAUCUGUGUGUGUGUGUGUGUGUGUGUGUGUGUGUGUGUGUGGUUAUGUGUGUGGUUAUGUGUGUGUGUCUGUGU